AUGUCUAACGCAUCUAAGGAGGUUCCUCAAGGCAAGAGAGAUCACGAUCGUGAACAAGACAGCUCUUCAGCUAUGGAGGUUCCUCAAGGCGAGACAGAUCGAGGUCGUGAACAAGAAAGCUCUCCAGGUGACAUUUUGCAAGAUACGAAAACGUUAAAACCCAACGACAAAGCUGCUUUUCAAAUUUCAAGCGAUCUUCAUAAGGCCAUCGAGUACCAUGAGCAUCGUCUCCAAACUGCAAAGGAAUUGGGGUAUAAAGCUGGAGAGGGAUCGGCUUAUGGACAUCUUGGCAUCGAAUAUCAGAGCUUAGGCGAUUUUCAUAAGGCCAUCGAGUACCAUGAGCGUUAUCUACAAAUUGCAGAAGAAGUGGGGGACAAAGCUGGAGAAGGAAUAGCUUAUGGAAAUCUUGGCAAAGCCUAUCAGAGCUUAGGCAAUUUUCAAAAAGCGAUCCAGUACCAUAAACAUCGCCUUCAAAUUGCAAAAGAAUUAAGGGACAAAGAUGGAGAAGACCUAGCUUAUGGAGAUCUUGGCAGAGUCUAUCAGAGCUUAGGCAAUUUUCAUAAAGCGAUCCAGUACCAUGAGCAUCGUCUUCGAAUUGCAAAAGAAGUGGGGGAUAAAGCUAAAGAAAGGCGGGCUUACGGAAAUCUUGGGAACGCCUAUCUAAGCUUAAACGAUUAUCAUAAGGCAAUUGAGUAUCAUGAGCAUCGUCUUCAAAUUUCAAAAGCAGCGAGGGAUAAACCUGAGGAAGGCAGUGGUUAUGGAACUCUUGGUAGGGCUUAUCAAAGGUUGGGCGAUUUUCAUAAGGCGAUCGAGUGCCAUGAGUGUAGACUACAAAUUGCAAAAGAGUUGGGGAAUAAAACCGAAGAAGGAUUGGCGUAUGGAGAUCUUGGCAUUGCCUAUCAGAGCUUAGGCGAUGUUUAUAAGGCAAUUAAGUACCAUGAGCGUAACCUACAAAUUGCAAAAGAAGUGGGAAGUAAAUGGAGCGAAGGAUCGGCAUAUGGAAAUCUUGGCAUUGCCUAUCAGAGCUUAGGCAAUUUUCAUAUGGCAAUGGAGUACCAUGAGCUGCAUCUACAUAUUGCAAAAGAAGCUGGGAACAAAGCUGGCGAAGGAUCGGCAUAUGGAAAUCUUGGCGGUGCCUAUCAGAGCUUAGGCAAUUUUCAUAUGGCAAUGGAGUGCCAUGAGCUGCAUCUACAUAUUGCAAAAGAAGUGGAAGACAAAGUUGGAGAAGGAGAGGCACAUGGAAAUCUAGGCAAUGCCUAUGGUAGCUUAGGCGAUUUUCAUAAGGCCAUCGAGUACCAUGAGCGUGACCUACAAAUUGCAAAAGAAGUGGGAAAUAAACUUGGAGAAGGAGGGGCUUAUGGAAAUCUUGGCAAUGCCUAUGAUAGCUUAGGCGAUUUUCAUAAGGCAAUCGAGUACCAUGAGCGUCACCUACAAAUUGCAAAAGAAGUGGGAGAUAAAGCUGGAGAAGGAGGGGCUUAUGGAAAUCUUGGCAAUGCCUAUCAGAGCUUAGGCGAUUUUCAUAAAGCAAUCGAGUACCAUGAGCUUCGUCUACAAAUUGCAAAAGAAGUGGGGGAUAAAGCUGGUGAAGGGCGGGCUCAUGGAAAUCUUGGCAAUGCCUAUCAGAGCUUAGGUGAUUUUCAUAAGGCAAUCGAGAAUUAUGAACGUGGCCUAAAAAUUGCAAAAGAAGUGGGGGAUAAAGCUGGAGAAGGAGUGACAUAUGGAAAUCUUGGCAAUGCCUAUGAUAGCUUAGGCGAUUUUCAUAAGGCCAUCGAGUACCAUGAGCGUCACCUACAAAUUGCAAAAGAAGUGGGAAAUAAACCUGCAGAAGGAGGGGCUUAUGGAAAUCUUGGCAAUGCCUAUCAUGGCUUAGGCGAUUUUCAUAAAGCAAUCGAGUACCAUGAGCGUCAUCUACAAAUUGCAAAAGAAGUGGGAGACAAAGCUGGAGAAGGACGGGCCUAUGGAAAUCUUGGCAAUGCCUAUUAUAGCUUAGGCAAUUUAAAAAAGGCAAUCGAGUACCAUGAGCGUCAUCUACAAAUUGCAAAAGAAGUGGGAGACAAAGCUGGAGAAGGACGGGCUUGUGGAAAUCUUGGCAAUGCCUAUCAGAGUUUAGGCGAUUUUCAUAAGGCAAUCGAGAACUAUGAACGUGACCUAGAAAUUGCAAAAGAAGUGGGGGAUAAAGCUGGAGAAGGACGGGCUUAUGGAAAUCUUGGCAAUACAAAUUUUUUGCUUAAAGAUCUAAAUAAAUCCAUUGUAUACCUUGAGCGUAAUCUACAAAUAGCGAAAGAAGUGGGAGACAAAUAUGCGAUUGCAACAUCUCUGAAUAAUCUUGGUAAUGUCCUGAAACAUCAAGGAUCGUUUUCAAGUGCCCUUGAUUGCUUUAAUUCCAGUUUGUCAAAGUUCAAUGAAAUAAGGGCUCAUCUACAGUUUAAAGACGAGUGGAAAAUUAGCUACCGCGAUACGUAUAAUACUGUAUACAAUAGUUUGUGGCGUCUCCAUUUAAGCCGAGGUGAGGUAAAUGAUGCCUUGCGUGUUGCUGAGGAUGGACGGGCGCAGGCUCUAAAAGAUCUCAUGGAAAAAAAUUAUGGGUGUCAAGAGGUACACACCUCAAUAAAGUCAGCUGGUUCCUCUCUUGGAUCCAUUCCUUCAACAACACUUUUCUUAGCUCUCAAUGAACAAGAAAUCAUUUUCUGGGUUAUAAGGCAAGAUAAAGAAGUCACCUUGAGGAGAAGAGAGGUAGGAGACUAUGUUUCAGGAGAAAACGCAAAAAGCUAUCUGUUAACUCUGAACCAUACCGCCUUGGACAAGAUUGGUGUACGUGCUGACGUCAACAUCGAAAAUCGCUCACUUGAUGAGUCUUGUGAGGCGCAGCGCACGACUGAAAGGGCCCCUGUUAGUGUAUCUCGGCCUGACUCACCAAAGGAAAGCUUACAGUGCUUUUUUGACCUUAUCAUUGCUCCUGUUGCUGACCUGGUUCAUGGAAAAAACCUCAUUCUUGUUCCGGAAGGUCCAUUGUGUUUGGUACCCUAUGCAGCAUUGAUGAACGCAAAGCAGGAGUAUCUUUGUGAGUCUCUAAGGAUCAGAGUGCUUCCAUCCUUGAAUAUUUUGAAAUUAAUUACUGAGUGUUCAGCUGACUUCCACAAGAAGACAGGCGUACUUCUCGUGGGAGAUCCAUACAUAAAGGGGGUUGUCUAUAAAGAGACAAACUUUUGGCAGCUGCCAUAUGCAAAGAAAGAAGUAGAGAUGAUUGGGAGAAUCCUAGGAACUGUUCCCCUCAUUGGAGAAAAGGCGACAAAAGGAGAAGUCUUAAAGCAACUAUCCUCGGUUGCUUUAGUGCACAUCGCCGCACAUGGCGCAAUGGAAACAGGAGAGAUUCUUUUGGCCCCAAAUCCUGCUCGGGAAUCCAAUCAUCCUGAGGAAAAAGACUUUUUGUUGACGAUGGCGGAUGUGUUGGAAGCUAAGCUGCGGGCAAGAUUGGUUGUGUUGAGUUGUUGUCAUAGUGCUCAUGGAGAAAUAAAGGCUGAGGGGGUAGUUGGCAUUGCUCGAGCAUUUUUAGGUGCUGGGGCUCGUUCCGUUUUGGUGUCCCUGUGGGGGAUUGAUGACGAGGCCACUUUCCAGUUCAUGAAACAUUUCUAUAAAGAACUAGUUAAAGGAAGGAGGGUCAGUGAAGCUCUUAAUCAAGCCAUGAAAUGUAUGAGGGAGUCUGGAGAGUUCAGGGAAGUAAAGUACUGGGCACCAUUUGUUCUCAUUGGGGAUGAUGUCACUCUGGAGUUGAAUGAAACUGACUCAGACUAGUUGCCGCUCAAUGUAACCUGCCCAAUUUCAAUCCAUUUCGAGCAACAGAGGUAAUAUGUUUAG